GAGGCGACAGAAAGCGACCGACCGACAGACCCACCGUGUUUCCACUCAGUAGUUCCCUCUGUAACAGCAGCACCGAGCUCCUCACAGGACUCUCUGUCGGACUAUAACACCAACACUGUUCGGGUUUACUCUGUGGGACUGUUCCAGCUGAGAGGAUGAAGGGCAGGAAUCCGGGCAGGUUGUGGAGUUUGUAGAAGACACAGAAACCCUGGCGGCCUCUCCAGCUCGUCUGUCUGCUGCAGAGCUCACCAUGAGCUAGAGAUACCAGAGACUGUCACCGCCGCUGCCCUCUCCCUGUCCUGAGCUCCGUGUCUGACUGACAGCAGCUUCACUCCCCUCCACUUCAUGAUCCAGCAGGAUGCGGCUGAGGUCCUCGCACUCUCCGAGCGCCUCCUCAUAGCUUCACACAAGGGACAGGCUGACAAUGUGGUCCAGCUCAUCAAUAAGGGAGCAAAGGUAGCUGUCACCAAGUAUGGCAGAAGCCCCCUGCACUUGGCCGCCCACAAAGGCCACACUGAGGUUGUGCGCAUCCUGCUCAAAGCCGGCUGUGACCUGGACAUCCAAGACGAUGGCGAGCAGACAGCGCUUCACCGGGCUGCUGUGGUGGGAAACAGCGACAUCAUCAGCUCCCUCAUCCAGGAAGGCUGUGCACUGGACCGACAGGACAAGGAUGGAAACACGGCUCUCCACGAGGUGUCGUGGCACGGAUUCAGUCAGUCGGUCAAACUGCUGGUAAAAGCCGGAGCCAACGCUCACGCCAAAAACAAGGCAGGAAACACCGCCCUCCACCUCGCGUGUCAGAACGGCCACGCUCAGAGCUCCAAGGUUCUGCUCCUGGGAGGCUCCAGACCCGACAACAAAAACCACGUGGGGGACUCGUGUCUCCACGUGGCCGCUCGUUACAACCACGUGCCAAUGAUCCGCAUCCUGCUGGGAGCCUUUUGCUCCGUGUCAGAGAAAAACCUGGCAGGAGAUACCCCGCUCCAUGUUGCAGCUGCUCUGAAUCAUAAGAAGAUGGUACGUCUGCUGCUGGAGGCCGGAGCAGACAGCCGCAUCUGCAACAACGCAGGUCAGACAGCUUUGGACCAGGCCAGAGAGCACAACAACCCAGAUGUGGCUCUCCUCCUCACCAAAGCGCCCCAGGUGCAGAGCUUUCUGCGUGGCCGGAGUGUGAGGAAGAGGAGGGACAAGCUGAAGGCAGAGGGCAGAGCUCAGUCAGUGCCCAGAGAUGAGAUGCUGCCAUGCAAGGACAGUGCGUCCGCUGCAGACGACACACAGAGCAGCGACCGAGCCGCCUGCAAGCACGCAGAGGUGAGCGAGUCAAACACCAGGCGGGCGAAGAACAGGAAGCAGAAAGAAAAGCCGUCGUUGUCCGACCCACUCCGGCGCAGAGAGACCCGGCUCAGUGAAAACCUUCACAAGAGGAAAGACAAACUGAGAGGAGCUGCAUGCAUCCCUCCUCACAACUACAAAGCCUAUCAGCUGUACACACUGUACCGCAACAAGGACGGGAAGAUCAUGCAGGCUCCUCUGAACGGCUGCCGCUGUGAACCUCUCAUCAAUAAACUGGAGAACCAGCUGGAGGCCACCAAGGAGGAGAUGAAGACCGAGAUCCACACGGUCCAGGACCUGAUGAACAGCAAGAUGGGCCAGCUGGACCGCAAGAACAAACACCAGAUCCGAGCUCUGGAUAAGAUGACGGUGGAGCGAGUGUCUGCAGAGAGGAGCGAGUGUCAGCAGAGAAUCGAGCAGCGAGCUGUGCAGGAGAGACAGGAAGCAGAGAAGAGACAGCAGGCGUCCCUGGUCAGCGAGCUGAAGGGCUGGUGUCUGUCCAAACUGCAGAACAUGGAGGUCCGCUUCACUGGAGACCCCAGCAAGCUGCGGCGCUCCUCCUCCGUGACUGAGGGCCUGAACCAAGCCGACGGAGCAGGCCUCACUGUGCUGCCUUCAGGGACCCAUUGCCUGGAGCUCCACGGCAGCCCCGGUCCCCACGACUCCAGCUGGGGGGAGGCCAGUGUGGCAGAAAGUGGAGCCAGCAACCACUACUUUGUGGUUCAUGUGGAGAGUUCUCCAGAUGUUCAUAAGGCUCAUGGUGCGGACGUCGCCUCUCCUGCAGCAGCCAACACCCCUCUGUCAUCGGUCCAGGUGGUUCGACCCAAAGAGCGGUCAGUGAUCUGUGCUGAGGCCCAGAAGAAGAACCAGGACCUGCAGGACGUGGACAUGGGGGAGUACCAAGCGAGGAGGGCCAGGAUUCAAAGAGCCAGCAGUCUGUCUCCGGCCACCGAGCGGCGCUGCAGCAGCAGGACUGAAGCCGGACUCAAAGACCGAGAGCGGGGGCGGGACAAAGGGAAGCAUCACAGGAAACACUCCCAGAGCAGGACUAAGUCCAGAGGGGCUGCAGGGGUCAGGACUCUGGAGGUCUUUGGAGACCAGAAGCCCACUGAGCCCUCUUUUGCUCAGGAGAGGGAGAACAUGCACGCUCUGGAGGUGACGCAGUACUUCUUCGAGGCAGUGUCGACGCAGAUGGAGCGCUGGUACGAGAGGAAGGUGCAGGAGGCUCGCUGGCAAGCCAAUCAGAGAGCGGAGGCCGACAGAGCCGCUCUGAUCGAGAGGAUCACGUACCUGGAGGACGAGCUGCGCAUGCUGAGGACUAACAGACAUGACGACUGCUGACACACGCACCUCAGACGUCUCUACAAGUGUCUAAACUUAAACAUUAGACUAAAUUGUGACGCCAACAGAUAAUACAGCCAAUAAGCAUUUUCCUAGGUUGCCUACUUUCUGCUGAUGUUGAGUUUGUGAUCCUGGAUGCUGUUUUAAUGUCACACCUUUAUGUUCAAGCAUGAAAAUCAUACAUUUGAGAUCAAUUUCCAAAGCUGGAAUACAUCAUCACAGCAAUAUAUCAGCAUUUGAACCUCCAAAAGUUCAAGUCAGGGGAACAAGUGGCCUCUUCAUGCCGUCCUGUUUUUUGCAGCAUGAAGUGACCACAUUGUGAGAGAGGGUAGGUAUGGGGAGGAUCCAAGGGUCAGCAAAGGCUAAGUUAUCAGUUAACUCUUUGCAAGGUGCAGCGAAAACUCGAGUUACUCAUUAAUCUGGAUGAUUAUUUCAGCAACCAAAGCCCAGGUUUAAAGCUCCUGUGAGGAGUUUUUAGUCGCUUAUUAGACAGACUGAUAUUAACAGAGAUGCCUUGCUAUAACCUACAAAAGCAAAUGAGACCAUCUGCAGCCAAACUGACCUUUUCUGUACUGUAAUUUUAAUGCCUGUAACUGCUGCAAAGGGGAGGAGUCAGACCGGUUGAUUGACAGCACGCUGAAGAAACAGCCUUUUGUAAUUUCCUACAGCAGAUAUUCACAGUUUGACUGAUUACAGAGAGGAAGUGUUGAAAGAAAAUACUCCCCCAGUGAAGGACUCACAGGUAUCACUUUGUCCACAGGGGGCGCCAUAUUCCACCCUGAUAGAAAACCCCUCACAGGGACUUUAAAGCUCCUGUGUGGAUUUUUUAACUUGUUGUAAAUGAGACUGAAUUAGUGUGACGUACUAAGGCAAACAAGACCAUCAGCAAACAGAGUCAGAAUCUCUACAUUAUCAUUUUUAAUUUCUGCACCUCCUGUGAGGGGGUAGGUGUCAGAUGAGGCGAUAUGUAGCACAGUGAAGGAAAGCCCUGCUGUUUUUAUCUUCCUUACAAAUAUGAAGAGUGAAACGUUUGACUGCUAAAACAAAAGUUUACACACACACAGGUGAGGAUCAGACAAAAAAGAAGGGUAUUACUCUGACCACAGGGGGCGCCAAAAUCAACACAAACUUAAUUCCUCACAGGAGCUUUAAAUAAAAUUGACUAGAAUAAAGCUUCAGGGUCAGGGUGGCAAAUAGUACCAAGGAUUGUUGAACAAGAUUUUUCAAGUCGCUGUUGUAGCGUUGUGUCAAACUAGGUGUAAGCUAGCCCCGCCCUGAAUCCUCCCCUGCUUCCUGGUCUCUUUGGCUCUUAAUGGGGGAUGACAUAACCAAGAAGACUUGAGACGAUGAAGUCAUCAGGAAAAAGUUCACUGAGGGGAUUAAUCAACUGAGAAGUAGAACUUAUUAAUAAGCUGACUUCUACCAGUAUUUACAAAAGGUAGAGGCGCCCCCUGCUGGUUAUUAAAGAGAAUGCAGGUUUAAGACAUCACAGUUGGUUGGCUUCACUUUCAGAGAUGAAUGCUACAACCACCUCUUACAUACAGUCAACAGCUCAAAAUAAUCCACCUUCAAAACUCCAUCCUGUCAUUUUAAUGUAAACACUGGACUGUUGUGAUGUAUGACGGAGGAUUAGUGCCACAUUAAGGUGGGGAAAAAAAGAGAGUAUGUAAAUAAAGUUGUGAUAAUACGAGGACAAAGUCAUAAUUUCAUGAGAAUAAGUCGUAAGAGAAAAAAGUUGAACAUUUAUGAGAUAAAAGGUCGUACUUUUACGAGAUUAAACUCUUGAAUUAAUAAGAGACAUUAUUCAGUUAUUUAUGAAACCUCUACUGAGGCAUGAUUUCACAAGAUGCUCCACCUUCCUCAUUUAGAGUCCCUUUAAAAUAACACACAGGUUAACCAGACACUAAAACUAUGAAUUUUUACUCAUAAAUUAACGACUUUAUCCUCAAAACCCUUUUUCUCCUCUAACGUGGCCCUGAUCCUCGUCACAGUAAUGUGUGCAGUGUCAUAGGAUUGAGGGCAGCUCCUGUGCACUGCGUUGUAAAUAUCAGUAGACAUAAAGCUAGAUUGAUCUAAUGUGCCAUGAAAUGUUAGACUCACUGCAUCACGUGAACGUUGAAGACUCUUUGGCGUCUUGAAUUAUCAUCGGGCAGAAAAGCUCAGAAGAAGAGUGAGGUGGUCUGAAUGGAGGACUGACAGUGUGAUAAGCUUUGUGUUUGUAUCUGCAUGCCGAGAUCAGACCUGUGACUCAAGAGGAACAACACUGCCUAUUUAUAACAGACUGAAUGAAGCUGUAUGCAACCCUCUGAAGGUUUGUUUGUUUUGUUGUUGUUUUUUAGUAAUGUGCUGUUUGUGGAGGUCAGAGUGUGCUGUACAAUUAUUUAAGACUCUUGUUUUGUCAUAGUUGGAUUCUGGAUCAAAAGUGAUGAACAAUCACCGUAAAAUCCAGAUUGUAAGUCAUACCAGUUUGUAAACUUCACCUGGUGUUGCUCCACCGCCCUCUGCUGGUCACUUUUUGUCUUAAACUUCAGUCUUUUCAAUCACACAAACACUCCACAGGUCUAUUCAGUGAACAGUAUCACACUGUUUUCUCUAAGUGCAUGAUUACGACCUCAUGGGGAAAAGUGGUUAAAAAGUGACGCCACCAGCCCAGUACGCAUCGCUAUGGUUCCUGCCACCUGGUUCUGCUGGGUAAAAUACGGUAUCAUAAUAAAUCCCCCUCUCUGUAUAAUAGACUGGAAUAAUGGUGGCACCAGUAAAUGGGACAGCUCACUUUUUAGAUGGAAGAAAAAAAGAAGUGCCUCUUAAACUCCAAACUUUACGGUAAUUGAAUUAUUUAAAACAAAAAACAUGCCUGCCACUUUUUAUUCCUCUCCUUCUUUAAAAUCUGCAUAAUCUGGUUGAUUCAUUGAAAGGCUGAAGAAUUGAAAACUAUCAUAGAACAGAAUCUGCUGAACUAAUGAUGGAAUUUAAAAAACAAACCUCUGGUUGUUUUUCUGUGUCACAUUUUGUUUCUUUGGCAUGAACAUGUUUCGUGGUUGUUUAAUUUAAAGGUUAAAGUGUACGUCAACUUCAAAUACACAAAGGUACACUGCUCUGAGUUUGUAUUGUUUCACACCAACCAGUCCUUCAGAGGCUUAAAGACUAAAGGAGACAUUAAAAUGUGUCUCUGAUGACAAUGAAUAAAUUAGAAUAAAUGAAAAUAUAUCCCUGAGACUAUUUUAAGUUUAAAAAGACAAAACUCUGGAGGGAAACUGUGAAAGAAAAUUGAAAAAAAAAAACAACAAAAAAGUUAAUGAAAUAUUCCUUUGGCACUCUCCAGCCUCCACAGAUUCAGAAAAGUAUGUCUCUAAAUCUCACCAAGCUGAACAUGAACCGACAUUUCUAAUGCAGGGGUUCCCAAAGUGUUGCAAGAUAUCUUCCAGAAGGUUUUAGUAAGUAAUCUAAAAUGACUUAUUUUACUAAUUAGUGUAAAAAUAUUAUGAAAAAUAGUCAUUCAAUUUGGAUUUAAACCUUCAAACACAUUUUUUUGUACAUUAAAUUUCAGCCUUUCUUUGUUGCUAGAGGACUCCUGAGGUUAGGGUCAGAGGAAAGGUUAGUUACAGUAAAUUUACUAAAAGCAUCAGUAGCAGCAGGUUCAUUCUCAGCAGCUCAGGAAACACAUCCACAAAGACCAGCUAGAUGAAGUAUGAAGUAACAUUUAAUCACUUUGAGGAACAGUGGGGUUUGCAAGUCUUUGGCAUCUUUAUUUUAGGGGUCAUGGAGUAAAAUGUUUGGGAACCCCUGAUUUAAUGGAGGAGGGUUAGUCUGCUCUCACACAUCCAUCAACAUCAAGUUUCUUAAGUCCUCACUGGUUUGGUGAGAUUUACAGCUGAUGGUAACACCCAUGUUUUUUGUUUACAGCCAUUUAACAUCGCCAAACCAACCGUCUGCUGACAGACAGAAAAAUGUGUCUUUUUUUAAGAUGACGCUUGUUGUCAUGUGUUUUUCUGGAGCAGUCUCAACAAGAGUUAACGCUCUUAGAUUUCAAAUGAGUGGUUUGAAAGAAAGGACAUCAGCAGCUUGUGUUAAUGAUUGUUUGUCCAAAGGCUAGAAGUCUGAGCAGUUUCCCUGAAGAUGGGCGGACGGGCUGUUUGUCUCAUUUGUUCCUUUUUGUUAAUAAAAGUGAAUUAAUGUAAUAUAUCAUAAGUGGCGCCCUCAUCAAAAUAAACUAACCCACACUGCAGGUUUGUGUCUGAAGUGUUCAUGAUCGAUCAAACGUCUUGUGUGAACUUGUUGCAUGAAGAAAGUUCAGAGUUGUGUUGCAGUAUUACUGUAUGUUUGCUGUAGUGAGCAUCAGUUCAGACAUGUGGAUUUAAAGUCAUCAGACUGCAGAGCAGAGGUGAUGCAGACCUGCGCUUUCAGACUCACCUGUGUGCAGGUUUGUGUUCACAGAGACGGCAGGAUUCUGAAAUGUAGCUCUGUUAAAUGAUGUUUGUGUAACUUGUACUACCUAACAAGGCGUCAGCUGGUUUUAGUCAUGUGUUAAUGUUUUGAUAAACCUGCAAGCUGCUCUUGAACGUGCACACGCUGACGUUUGAAGCUGUGUGUCUGUGGCUCUGCAGUGUGUCUGUUAGUUUUACAUUACUGUGGAUCUGAAUAAUGCACUCUGAAAACAUGUUUUGUAUUAAAAAUGAUCUUUCUACA